AUGCCCAUGCCGGACAUGGAGAGUCGUGACACGGCGGACUGGCUGCAGCAGCGGGACGCAGAGCUCUUUGCGCACAUGCAGGACUGGCUCAAUCGCCUUCAGGUGUUGCUGGACAAUGCCGUGGACGGAGAGCACAAAGCGUGGUUUCCAAAAAAGGACUCGCCAUCGAACAAGACCAAUGGUCAGUCGAUCAACGACCUGGCGGUCGCCCGGUACAAAGAAACCGGAUCCAUCGACCAAUUCUUGCAGGACCGGACGAGCGACCAAAAGCUCUUCGACCUCUUGGAGGAUUGGCUCUCACGCUUUCAGCUCUUCUUCUUGGACGGUCAGGCGGAGACGCCUCAUCAUGCCGAGGCGGAGAGUGCCUGCGGCUCCAAGCAACUGCGCAAUAAGGAUGGGGACUUCCCCUCCGAAAGCGGACGCAAAGAGAGCAACUUGCAGUCCUUCCAUGGUUUGAAAGCGCUUCACAACAGCAGCACUGGGAGCAGCAUGAACCUGGUGAACAUGUACAGCCUCGACGAGGAGGAGACGAAGGAGGUGAGCUGCCGACAGAUGUGCAUGGACAUGGACUGGCCCAUGCGUUCAGGCGAUCCGGUUCCUCCCUUGCCAUUCGCCUGGCAACGCUACCUGUACCCUUAUGUCUUCUCAUGGAUGUUCGAAGCCUUCUUUGGAUUUGUCAUCAUCAGCAAUUCCAUUUUCUUGGGCAUCCAAGUGGAACUCACGGCCAGUCACCCAGGAGCUCCUCCGAGUGAAGCCAUGUUCGUGAUCGCCUCCAUCUACACGCUGCUCUUCACCGUGGAGCUUCUUUUGCGUCUGUUAGUGGGUGGCGUGCGUACAUGUACCCAAGACUGGGCCUGGCUGGCACUAGAUAUUUUGGUGGUCGCCUCCAGCCUUAUGGAGUUCAUCCUGGAAAUCAUCCUCCGUGGUGAGGAACAGUCCGCCACGCAGAACGUCAGCACCAGCAUGCGCAUGGUCCGAAUUCUGCGGGUGGCCAAGAUCACUCGCGCGAUCCGAGUGGUGCGUUUGGUCAAGUUCAUUCGCUCAUUGAAGACUUUGCUGUAUUGUAUUGGGCGGACGUUGCGUGCGAUGGCCUGGUCGGGAGUUCUCCUGAUCAUGAUCAUUUUCCUGUUCAGCUUGAUCUUCACCGACAUUUGCACGGAGUGGCGAGUCGAUGAGGUCAAUGCCACCGAGGACCCAGCGACGUGGAAAAUCGUGACGGAACGCUUCGGGACCUUGGGCCUCUCUUGGCACACCUUGCCACUCUCCGGUGGCCUGACGUGGAUCGAAGUGUCGGACGCCUUGGCCCGAAUCUCGCCUCUGUGGCAGAUGCUCUUUGAGGUUUACAUUGCCUUCUGCCUCUUCGCGGUGCUUGGGCCAACGAUCGGCCCGUUCUGCCAGUCGGCCAUCGAAAGUGCCGAGCGCGAUCACGAGCUGAUUCUGCAGAACGUGGCACAUGAGAAGGCUAAGUACUUCCGUGCGGUGCGGCGGCUCUUCAACCAGCUCGACCGCAACGGAGAUGGAGGAGUGUCCAUCAAAGAGUUCAAGCAAGCCAUGAAGGACCCCUCGCUCCAUGCCAUCUUUGACGCACUCGAGAUCAGUGCAGGUGAUGCAUGGGCUCUCUUUACCCAGUUGGAUCGCGAUGGAGAUGCGGAGGUGAAUGUGGACGAAUUCCUCGAGGGCUGCAUGUUGUUGAAGGGGCCAGCGAGGUCCAUCGAUGUGAUCGGCAUCAAGAGAGACCUCAUGAGACUUCAAGACAGGAUGGAUACCUAUGUCAACGACGUGAGCGACGUGAAGCGCAUCGUGAGCCGACCCCUGAAGAUCUCCACACGGUCUAUGGAACAAAAGUUGAAGGGGCUAAGCAUAGCGUUUGACGCCGGGUUCGAGUCCGCGAGUCCGGCGGUGAGCGUGCCAGCUCUUAGCUCGGAAUCGACCUUGGAAGGUACCCGAGCCUCCAAAGAGACCUUGGAAGGUGCCGAGUUGACGGCCAAGGCGUUGCCCAACCGCUUGGCUACGGGCGCAGUGGUCGAGGAGGAGAAGAUCGUUGGAGUGAGAGGCUACGACCGUCUCAGCUACCGGAAGCUCCUGGGCGCUGGGCCCGAGCUGGGCUGGGUCAGUCUUCAAGCCAACGGCGUGCCACUUCUUCAGCUCCUGCCACCGGCACCCGACCUGCCGCGCGCGCGCACGCUGCGGCGGAGAGGAGAGGACGAGGCGCCAGGCUCUCCUGCUUGGGUCGAGGAGACCCGCUACCGCGAGAUUGCAUCGAUCCGUUUCAUCUUGGAUGCGCCCUGCGAGGAGGUGGCUGUCGCCCUGUCUGCUGCACUCCACGGCGCUCCCGGCCGCAUCGACAUGCAGCGGGAGAUCUUUGCUGCAGGGCAGCUGCAGCUUCGAGACCCACCAGAGCAAGAACAGACAGGCCUACCACUGCCCGUGCCCAUGUCGCCCCAAUGGCGUGAGACCGCCUUUGCCACCACGGACUUCUCCGAAGAAACCGUUUGGAAUGGCAGCGUGGGCAACUCCUCAGCCUCCUUUUCGCUGGGCCUGAGACCUCUCUGGAGUGAUGAGCUUUGCACCUAUCAGGAGGAGGCUUCCGAACUGGAGGUGGUGGUGAGAGCCAGUCGCCCUGGCCGCUCCCCGGCCUUCGAGUUCAGCUGCCCCAGACGCAUCCGCUCGGUGAUCCGCGUCACCGAAGAGACCUGCGAGCAUCCACAGAAGUUGUUCCACCUUCAGGUCCUUUGCAGUCGCAUUAAGGAGGCCAUCAAAUUAUCCUUUGACGAGACGCAACGUGAAGCCCUAGGACUUGCGUAUGACCUCGACAGCAUCCACUGCAGCUGCGGUGUGCGGCCCACCUCUGACGGUCGCGCAGAAGUGUUCCGGCAGCUCUUCGGCGGCUCCGCGCUGGCUGAGACGCAGCCGGGGCCACGGCCAACUGGGCGCCCGGACUUCGAUUACGAUCCCAUUGCGUUGCUGGCAAGUCAAGUCCUGUAUAUGUUGGACAUCGAAACUCGGGUUUGGGCCUCCAUCCAUGGCUUUCCUUUGGUCGAGCUCUGGCGCGGUCUUCGUCGACCCUUCCAGUGGGCAACCUUCUCCGCGCUGAGCUCUGCCGCGUCACACCUCUUCGCGCUGGGCUCCGCGGCGGACGCGGCCAAAGAGCUCCGACAGGGCGACAUCUUUGACAUGCGGGUGGCAAAGGAGCUCGAGCAACUGGUGCCCCACUGCAAGAACGAGAUCGGCAAGAAGCAGGGCCAAUUCACGGAAGGCUCGGUGGACGUGGUCAGCUUCGCAGAGCUUUUGCAGCGGAUUUGCCGCCGUGCCGACCCCCAGGCCGAUAUCUACCGCAGCUUCGCCGACCUGGGCAGUGGCCGCGGCCAUGCGGUGCUGGCGGCGCACGCGCUGUUUCCCUUCCGGCACUGCGUCGGAUAUGAGAUUGACAAAGAAGCCAUGGCUGCGGCCUACAAGGCCCUGAGAGAAUACAUGCAGAGUGGAUUGGUCAUGGAUGCCAAAAGCUCCAUGAACCCUUUGAAGCUCCUGGAAGCCUCGGACUUUUUGCAUCCAAUCAGCUCCAGUCACUGGACCUCGGCCUCGGUCGUCUUCGCCAACGGCGUCACCUGGCCCUCGGAACUUCUGGCCGAGAUUGGUCAAUUGGCCUUAAAGCUGAAGAAAGGUGCAGUCUUGGUCCUAGUGGCCCGACGCUUGCCAGCGGACGACUUGGAGCUCCUGCAACGCUUUGACGUACGUGGGGACGCAUGUUUGCUGAGCUUCACCGACAAGAAGGCGGUCCAAGUCUGGAUCUAUCAGCGACGCUGA